CUUUUGAUAAAAAUUCCCUUUGAUCCUCCUUUCUUCUUUGCGUUGCAUUCGCCCAGUUCCUUGACUUCCUUCCACACGGACGCUGAACUGACCAAGAAAACUGGAUUGGAUAAAGUUUAUCUGACAUUUAGUGUAGCGCAGGAACCCGACUAGCAGAACUAAAGGGAAUUGGCCAACCUCGUCACAUUCAUCCUCAGCUGCUAAAAGCAGGAUACCGCCGAUCGACGGCAUAGCAAUGGCGGCAAUGGUAGCUCUGCAGAGCUCUCUUACGUCUCUAUCUCUCUCCUCCAGCUCCUUCAUAGGUCAACGUCUCUCCCCUCUCAGCUCACCUCCGGUUAAGCCAAAUCAGAAGUCCUUUUCCAUUGCUGUAAAGCUUAAGAGAUGGGAGCGCAAAGAGUGCAAGCCAAACAGCCUUCCUAUGCUACACAAACUACAUGUUAAAGUUGGAGAUACAGUGAAAGUAAUAGCAGGGCAUGAUAAAGGUAAAAUUGGAGAUGUCGCCGAGGUUAUAAGGCAUAACAGCAAAGUUAUAGUGAAGGACAUUAACUUGAAGACCAAGCAUGUGAAAAGUAAGCAAGAAGGUGAAUCCGGUCAGAUAAUUAAGAUUGAAGCACCCAUUCAUAGCUCAAACGUGAUGCUCUACUCAAUGGAGAAGCAAGUAACAAGCAGGGUGGGGCAUAAAACACUAGAGAAUGGGAAACGGGUCCGCUACCUAGUCAAAACCGGUGAAAUUAUAGACAGUGCAGAGAAUUGGAAGCGCGUGGUGAAAGAAAAAGAGAAAUCAAAAGAAGAAACUACUGCUGUUGCUUCUUCUUCUUAGAGUGCAUUCUCCAAAUUUUCUUUUGCAUCCCUUCUUUCUAUUCUAUCCAGUUCUUAAUUAUUGGCAACUCUGGAUUCCAAAAAUGUCUGAAAUCGAAAAUAGCUGUAUGGUAUCUUUUUUUUAAAAGGUAAAUCAGAACAUACGAGAUCAAAUAGUACCCCUGCUCACACAUUCCGUUAAGUAGAGUUCCAAAUUUAAUCGGUGAACAGUGCUACAAAAGAAGAUUCAAACUGAAAAGCUUAG